AUGGCGUGCCAAGGACGCGAUAGCGCUGUCCGGUUCUACGCCCCCCUCACCGAGGGCAAGCCCGAGCUCGAGCGCGAGAUGCCCGCCAACGCGCUCAACUUUUGCGCCUUCUCCCUCGCUCACCUCCCUAGCGGUGGGAAGGAGGAGGCACUAAUGGCACUUCCGAACCUGAGCGACUCGGAACUUAUCGACAUCUAUGCCGUGCCGUCGCUCGACAGGAUCGGGGCGGCUGUCAACUUCGUCCCCCGUGCCAAAGACGGACGGACCGGUCUGGUUAUGGCACUGCAUAUCGCUGUCCUCCCAGGAGAGGAGGAGAGGAUAGCCCUCCUCGCAGCAUACGAGGACGGCCGCGUCGAGCUGUGGACGUGUUCCCUCACCGCCCUCCUCGCACGCCCGAAGGAGUGGGAUGGGCGCAAAGCGGCCGAUGGGCUGUGGACGCGGGUGUGGGAGGGCAAGGCACAUAACGAGGCUGUCAUGGCCAUGGCGGUGGACCGCGAGUUCGCGCGGGCGUUCACGGUCAGCGCUGACCACCGGGUUGUGCGCGUCGACCUCGCUGCGGCCCUUGCUGGCGGGGAAGCGAUCAAGGCGUAUUCCACGCAGCAGAUUGGUAACGCAGCGCUUGCGGUGUCGGGCGACGGGCGUAUCCUCGCUGUUGGCGGAUGGGACGGGAAAAUCCGCUUGUUCUCAGCGGCAACACUCAAACCUCUCGGCACGCUCGCGUACCACCGCGAGUCAGUGCAGGCUCUGGCUUGGGGUAGCCCUGAGCCUGCGCCACAAAGCCGCGGCACUCCAACUCUCGGCGACAGCGACUCGGACAGCGAAGAUGGGGGGGAAGCCGACGCAGGAGAUCCUGCGAACUGGCUCGCAAGCGGCGCCAAAGACAGACGCAUCGCGCUCUGGAACAUAGACAUUGCGCGAUAG